UCAAUGAAACAAAUUCGGAUAAAAACUCUUUUUUCGUUCAUCGAACACCGGAACGAAGUCCUGGCUUUACGAAUAAAGCGCAAUAUAUUCCUCCCAAAAGUGUUUUUAAAAUUUAUCGCUCAGAAAGCUUGAGCCGCCCACUCGAUAAUGUUCGAGCACAACUCAAGGAAGGUAAGCGAAACAGUUCGGAUUUCAAUUAUUCUAGUCACCUCGUUGCGUCACCGUAUGAUGAUACUACUUACAACGAAGCGGUAAACCAAGUGAAACCCAUCGACGAUUCCAUCACUAAUGUUAGGCUUCAAAACGACUUGGAUACGCAUCCGCGAGUCGAAUCUUUUCAUGCCAUAGAUGACGCCAAUGCUCCCAAAAUAAUUGUUGAUAUUCUUAGGUCUCCUGUUACAAAAUCUGAUAAUUUUAAAAGCAGACAAAACCACAUUGCAGCUCAUGACAACAAAUUCAGCUAUGGGGAUAUUUUGGCAAAAGUCUACAGAGAUUUUGGAACCAUUAAUAAACAAUUUCAGAACAAAAUUAAAGAAAAAAAUAAGGCUGAGAAGAAGACAGAAAACCUCGCACUACUCCAUACAUUUCCUGUAGUCGGCAAAACGAACAAAGGUGACGGAUCACUUGUGGAGAGUUACGAUGAAAAUAAAUCUCACGAAUUCAAUGAAGCAGUUUAUUUUAGUCCCAAAUAUAUCAUCAAAAGAAUGGGGAAGCCAGGAGAAACUGCUCACGACCGCAUGCUGUGGGAAAGCGUUAAAUCUUCUAAAUAUGGUCAACAUUCUUCUGAAGAAUGUGACUGUCAUGACAGAGGGUUAUUGGGUUCUCUUCGUGGUUUGCAGAAGCUCAGAGCAAUUGGAGAGAUAAUUUUGAAAAAAAUUGAGUUGGGAAAUUUUGAUGAUGAAUUUCGAAGGACUUUUACUAUGGAACAGAAGCUUUCAGUUUCAGAAAAAAAUAAAACUUACCAGAGUUUUAUUGAUAACGCAAACGAAAUUGAUUCCUUCUCUAACGAACUUUCAGGACAAGUGGAUGAAAAACUAGAAGAUAACUUCAUCAAGGACGAUAGCAAUGCCAGAAAACACAUCGGAGACGAUAAAGAUUCUCGUAUAUCUUACGCAAUUGAACUCGACAUAGACGAGACAUUCGAUGGAAAUAUAAGGCCAUGCAAUGCAGAAGUGAACGCGACCCGGAAACAAAUUCCGUUCUAUCGAAUUAAACGAUCGAAUGAUGUCUUUUUCCCAUCUAGAUUCAGCGAAAACCCACAGAUAACGAUUGAAAAUAUUUUAAUGGGUAAACAAAACGAAGAAAAUGAUGACGUAAUCAAUACAGAUGCGAGCUCAGAGCACACAAAUGAAGAUCGUGCUUUCAAAAACGAGUUUAACGAGAUCGUUCCUGAUACUACUUUUCAGAAAACGGUGCCGAAUCCUUUGAAGGUCGACUAUAACGGGAGAUCGUUGCACCUCAAUGCCACUACGUUAACGCCGAAUGUGCCGGCAACGUUGCAAAUGCAUCCCGACCCGCUACUCGCACCAGAAACUCGGCACCCACAACAGAAUUACUCCCACGCACGCCUGGUUCCUGUAAAAAACGCUUCUAUGAAACCCUCAGCGCGGAACAACGAUGGAAAAAUCACAAAGGAAAAUAUAAAUGGAGAGCGUAGAGUGUCCAAUGUAUUUGAAAAAUUUCUCGAAGAAAACCGGAAAGAAGUUGCAAUGCUUGAGAAGACACAUACCGGAAACAUGGAGGCGUACGCUUUUAUGCUGAGCUCGCCGACAAGAAAAUUCACUUUGAAACCUCAGGAAGCACUCAGCUUUAAGCGUAUCAAUUCGGAAAUUAAAGCCGCCCUUUAUUUCUUUGAAUUUUACUUGCUCAUCUCGUCAGAAAAGUCAUACGAACUGGCAACUUUCUAUAACUUUUGGAAAUUUUUUGACACCUCUGUUACCAGUGACAUAAAAACAGAUGAUGGCUUUGAGUAUCGGACUAGUGAGAGGUCUUCGUUGCCUCCGUCAGACGACUCGACCAACACGUCGCGUCAAGUCUGCGACUGCAGGGCGUUCACGCUGGGGAUCAUCGCUGGCUUCUCUACCCUGACCACGCUGCUGGGAUACGCGCUGAGCUUCACUGCGGCAUAGAAUGCCGGUGCAAUU